AUGACGACAGGAACGGCGGAGCUACUCCGACUACCAGAGGUACAAGCUUGUAUUCGAUCUAAUUUCUUGCUCCUAAGCUGCGAUUUACUAUGCGAUAUCCCCGGUGAACAUUUGCUUGAGGCAUGGUUAGUCUCACAAGGUGAAUUGGGCCCAGCUUCCCAAGGAGGCUUGUCCGUGUUCUAUCCCGCAAAAGGCAUUAAGGACGAGGUCAAAAAAGAGCCGACAGAUUUCAUGGCAAUCACCUCUCUCGAGCAAGAUGAGGUCCCCGCUGUCUCGCGAUAUAAACUCUCGAAAUUGGUUUUAUCCAUGCCGAUGGAUACAUUGAAAGAGCAGAUAGAGGAAGAUAAGACCUUCUUACUCCGUCAUACUUUGGUUGAGAAGCAUGCCUCGGUCAAAAUGUUGACCAGCUAUCGAGAUGCACACUUAUACAUUCUGCCUAAGUGGGUCCAAUCGCUUGCCCAGUACCAGGAGCGGUUUGAAUCCGUGAGCGAAGACUUGAUUGGGUACUGGGCGAAAGCGGAGUGGCAGCGCGGGCUGAGUGAAAAACUCGGGAUCAAUAAGAUACUAGGCGGACAGAAUGAGAAUCAAGAGGACCACGGAAGCAAUGACGGCGAUCUGUUGGAGGAAGAGAUUGAUCUUCGUGGCAUGACCACUACCCACGCCCAGGGUUCCGAAGCCCGGUCUACAAAUUCCACUCCCAAUGACCAGUCCUCGGUGGAAGUGCCAUCAAUUCUAGCAUACAUGACCAAGUCAUCUGAGCAGCUCGUUCGGCGCGUUGACAGUUCCGCUUUGGUGUUAGCGAUGUCACUGCGUCUCGCCAAGCUCGAGUCUGUUGAAGAGGUUGGCCGUGCUGCUGCUUCGCCUUUCAGUCAUGCCUCGAAGAUCGCUACUCCUGAAGGAAUUGCCUCGAAGUCUAUUGUCACCAAAGGCGACUGCUUACUAGGAUCUAACGUGACGGUAAAACACCCUGUCUUUCAUUUAUUGAACGGUUCAACUAAUAUCUUGAUAGGUGGAGGAAAAGUGUGUUAUAAAAGAAUCGUGCAUUUCGCCUAA